UAACCAAUCACGUUUCGCCUUUCAAAUGGCAACGACCUGACGUGUUGCUACAACAACGGUAGACGCGGUGAUCUGAAGGGAUAACUUACAGUUUGACGACGGUCUGCAACGGAUUUUGUCUGUGAUAUUCGGGAUAAUUAUGGCAGACCAAGACAGGUUUUGUUUCCUGGUGGAGUGGUACGAGGAGCAGGCAGCUCGCAUCAGACAGUUUCUCUUCACAUACUAUGUCAGCACAAAGGGGAUUGAAAUGUAUUGCAUCAAGACACGCAAGACUUACCUCAAAACCAGUCUCAAGGAUAGCCCCAUUGAGCUGACGGACCUGUACAUCGGCAGCACGCUCAACAUCCUUGGCCGACAGAUCGUCAUCAAGGACUACGGCGACGUCUACACCAGGAACAGACUCUCCAGCAAGAAGGAGAAGACCCUGGGAGUGGUUAAGCCAGAUGCUGUCAACAAGGCUGGACAGAUUCUAGACAACAUCUACCGCAAUGGGUUCCAGAUCUCACAGAUGAAGAUGUGUCGACUUGACCGUAACGAGGCAUUCGAGUUUUACCAGGAACACAAAGGAAAACCAUUUUUAGAUGCUCUGCUGAACUACGUAACCAGUGGUCCUGUCAUCGCCCUAGAGCUGGUGGGGGAGAAUGCUAUACAGAGAUGGAGGGACGCUAUCGGACCUACCGACCCCACCGUGGCCCGCAGCGAGGCACCCAACAGCAUCAGGUCGCAGUAUGGCACAGACAAGACAAUGAAUGCUUGCCAUGGGUCUGACAGUCCCUCAUCAUCUGCUCGUGAGCUGGAGUUCUUCUUCCCAUCGUCCGGCCCCACCCGACGGAACACCGCCGUAUUUCAGGACAGCACCUGCUGCAUCAUCAAGCCCCACGCGGUCAAGUCAGGUGUUGCUGGGAAGGUGAUCAGUGGCAUCACCGAUGCAGGGUUUGACGUGACGGCCAUCGAGAUGUUCCACAUGCAGAAGGCGAACGCGGAGGAGUUCUACGAGGUGUACAAGGGUGUUGUCCAGGAGUACAAUGGCAUGGUGGCCGAGCUGACAUCAGGACCCUGCAUCGCACUGGAAGUUCGGGCUCAGGAUGCAGCCAAAACAUUCCGAGAGAUGGCUGGACCAGCAGAUCCUGAGAUUGCUCGACACCUGCGACCACGGACACUACGGGCGCUGUUUGGGACAGACAAAGUACGCAAUGCUGUCCACUGUACAGACUUGCCUGAAGAUGGCCUCCUUGAGGUGGAAUAUUUCUUCAAGAUCCUGGGCCGUUAAUCAUCCCAUACGAUGCCAAAAAUCAUCCUGAAGAGUUUUGUACAUAGACCCUGUGAUAUAUGUUUACUGUGUAAUCUCAAUGUGUAAAUUCAUAAAUUAUUUACAUUAUUUAGAAACUUGAAAUACAAAACAUUCAAUUCAAGCAGUAGCCUCUUCAUCGUUUUAAUGUCAGCGUUUUGGAAGUGAAUAUACCUGAAGGUAUUUGACAUGUUGGAAACUAUGUGAUGGACAAGGUAUACCUGGUAAUCCUCCUGAUUGAGACGCUUACCUCUUUCAAACAUAGGCUUAGUCAUCACAUUAACAUACUGCUUUUAUUUAUUGUAUAUGUAUCUGCAGAUGUUUUACAAUUCCAGGUGUUUUUAGAUAAAUUUCAACAUGAAGUACCUGUACAUUUGUAAUGAAGACAAUACAGAAUUUAUAGAAAA